UUUAUUAGAGUUUGGAUAAAAAUAUUAAAAUAAUAUGCAAUACUAAUAAUGGUUUUGAUUGUAAAAACGAUAAUAUUUAAGUUAAAGCAUAAAAUUUCGGGUUUUCGGGCCGGUCCUAGCCCAAACGGGCUUACGCCCAAGAUACCCAAAACCCAAAUGGACUUAUCCCAAAUAGCCCAAUUUUUUUGGGCCUUAUAAAACUAAGCCCAAGCCCGGUAAUUCUUAGGGCCAGGCGGGCUCGGGCCGCGGGUUUUGACCAUAAUUGACAUGUCUACCCAUAUCCACCCAAAAAUAUAUAAUACUAAUUGUAUCACUAAGACACUAAUUAUAGGUACUAACGUUUACCAUCUAUCUAUCUAUAUAUAUAAAGUAUGGUUUGCUCUCUCCUUAGAGAGACACCUAGGAUGCCACAUAAGAAAUUCAGUUCACAGAAUUAUGCCACGUGUCCACGUGGAAACUCUAUCUCUACAGAGACAACACGUGUCCUCAUAUGUGCUUCGUUGGGCUUCGGUUAUCAAAGGGAAAGGCCCAUCUUCCGGUGAGAUGCUAACCCUAGAUUGCGAUCUCUGGAGGUCGUCACCUCCGCACCGGCGUGACGUUUCCUGUACCUUCCGCAUAGAAACGGUUCAGCCUUUACUCCCAUUGAUUGGUACCUCCACUAUGUGUCUUCAAUGUGAUCCUUGCGUCUCAGAGGCGGUGGGUUUCUGCGUAUAAAUAGAGUUUAGUCAUGUCUAAUCCGAGGGUUUUCUUCUCAGACCUCAAGUCCGGCAAGUGCUCAUCCGCUGUUGAAGCUCGGCUUCUGCGGUUCUGGGAGGCGAAAAAUGUCAAACGCUGUGGGGAGCUGAUGUGGGUCGACUUGCUCUUGAUUGACGUCAACUCGACAAUGAUGCAGGCCACCAUCUAUGCUAACCGCCUUUCAAGGUUCCGUUCCAAACUCGCCGCCGGGACGAUGUUCACCAUCUCUGGAUUUGAUGUGACUCGAUGUGCUCAGAAUUUCAGACUUACCGACUCUCCUCUGAUGAUCCGGUUCAAUGAUUCCACCGCCUUUGAUGAGCUAACCAAGCCGGUUAGUCCAUUACCUGAAGAAGGAUUCCGGUUCCUUGAUCACUCCGAAUUGAUUGGUCUAGCCAACACGAAUGCACAUCUACCAGACAUUGUAGGUGAGAUCACUGCAGUGAAGAGUAAUGUGAGUGGUACUCCUGGAGAAAAGAGUCGACUCAUGGCAAGUUGGCAACCAUCAAACUGGAUAAGGAUUCAACGGUCACCUUAAGUCUCUUUGAAAGUCAAGCUGAGACUUUUCACAAAAGGCUUGAGGAUAUGCAUGGUGACCCCAAAGUUGUUGUUGCAACCAGCAUUAAUCCAAAGAUGAUUGGAGGUGGUUUGUUCUUAAAUGCAACAUCUGGAACACAUGUCUACUUUGACAAGGAGACUAAGGCAGGGGAGUACUACUUCUAUAAAUUGGUCGCUAGGGACAAUGGAGUCUCAUCUGCUGCACCAUUGCUGAAAGGAUAUGCAAAGGUGGAGACCUUGACCAUAUCGGAACUUACAAGUUUUGUCGCCUCUGCUCAACCACAGGACAUUGACUUUGUCUGCACCGGGAAAGUGGUUCGACUGGACGUGGACAAGGGAUGGUGUUACGUUGCAUGCGCUAAAUGCAGUAAAAAAUUGCAGCGUACAGUCUCUGCUUUGGAGUGUUUGCGAUGUAAUAAUCCCAAUGCUGUCGGAGUUCUUCGUUACCGUCUGGAGUUGGCAAUCGCUGAUAGCACUGCUGAAGGUACAUUCGUGUGUUUUGAUGGUGUGAUGACUAAGCUGCAUAAUCGUAAAAAUUAUGUAAUGUAUGACAAUUAAGUUUUCCAUUGAUUUAGAUUAUUUUAUCUUAUUAAAACAACAUAUAUUCAAAUAUGGAAUGAAUUUGAUUUUGAAUAUUUAUACAAUUAAAUUCACAAA